AUGGCUCUCACACAAGUGGCUAAUUUGAAAGGGGGAGAUGCUAAGGACAGGAACGAGCCGGAGUUUAUUGAACAAGUUGUUGCAAACAUCCACCGUAGAUUAGGUGUACCGUUGAUUAGUAAUACCCUGCCAAGUCUGAUUGGGGUGGAAUGUGAAAUUGAAUUCAUUAGUUCAUGGUUAACAGAUGGAUUAUGUUGUCAUACUGCCGACAUUCUCACUGUUGCAGACAUCAGUGGGAUUGGGAAGACCUCUUUGGUUAGAUUUGUUUUCGGCUUACACUCUAGUAAGUUCCAAAAAAGUUGCUUUAUUGAAGGUAUUGAUGCAAGAUGCAAUGAACGAUUAAACGGACUCCUUAAAUUACAAAAGCAACUUCACGGAGGCAUUUCAAAAAAAAUGAAGAUACGAGUUCAUGAUGUCAACGAGUACAGCUCUAAGAUUCAGGAUGUGCUAGCCUGUAAAAAGGUGUUUAUAGUGCUUGAUGAUAUUGGUAGUAUCAACCAGUUGGAUGCUUUACUUGGAAACAAAGGUUUGCAUCCAGGAAGCAAAGUCAUAGUUACAACCAAGGAUGCAUCUUUAACAGAACGAUGUGCAUUAUUCAACCCCCAAUUUCAACCCAAGCAUACCAAGGUCUCACAUAACAGCUUGUGCAACACUGAUUCGCUAGAGCUUCUAUGCGUUCAGGCAUUCAAGUGUCGUCGUCCUGAACAAGGAUAUGAAGAGGUUUCAAAAACUCUUGUCAAGUAUUGUCACGGACAUCCAUUGGCUAUUGAAGUUUUGGGCAAGUUUCUGCAUAAGCAAGAUUUAGCAUAUUGGCAAGAGUUCAUAGAAGUGCUACAGAAAGAACAUCAUCCUGAUAUCAAAAAGGCAUUGAAGACAAGCUUUGAUGCAUUGCUAUUCCAAAAUGAUAAGGAGUUGUUUAAGCAUAUUGCUUGUUUUUUUGUGGGAGUAGAUAGAGAUUUGAUAGAAACAAUAUUGGUUGCAUGUGGUAUUAAAACAAAAAUCGGGAUCAAGAAUCUCGUUGAGAAAGGCCUCCUCAGUAUUGAAUCGGAUUACAAACUGGUGAUGCAUACAUUGAUUCAAGAGAUCGGAAGAGACUUGGUAUUUCAAGAAUCGCCAAUGAAGCCAUGGAAGCGUAGUCGGCUAUGGUGUUCGGAGGAGUCGUUCAAAGUGCUGAAACAAAAAAAAGGUAAGGAAUGUAUUCUAGGCCUUGCCCUUGACACCAGAAUGCUUGAUAAAAAGAAGUCAUGUGAUGAGUUGAAAACAAAGUCAUUCAGUCAGAUGGAUAAUCUAAUGCUGCUCCAACUCAAUUAUGUGCAACUAAAUGGGUGUUUCAAGAAAUUUCCAGAAGAAUUAAGAUGGUUGUGUAUGCAUGGAUCCCCUUUGAAGUCUAUACCUUUAGACUUCCCAAUGGAUAAUUUGGUUGCCCUAGACAUGUCCUAUAGCCACAUUGAAUCUUUUGACAUGUCUUUUAGUAACCCACAACCACCUGCGAAGAGGCAAAAGGUACAAUGA